AUGCAUGACCGUGACGUCAAGUUGCCUGGUGCUGAGCGCAGGAGUGAUUACUACCGUCGUUACGGCAAUCCCAACUACGGUGGCGCAGUUGGUCUGCUCUCCCGGUCGUACCGACGUCAAGCCAAAAUGACAGCUCUUACUACGGACGUGCGUUGUGUGUAUUCAAAGGAUCCGCGAAAGUCAGUGGCUUGUGACGACCUACACAGUGUGGCUCUGGAUUUCGCCCAGCGUGACAUCAUAGCCUCAGAUGGAGAGGAGUCACAUUCGCAGCAGCGACUUUUGCCUUCUGGUCGACGAAGAGAGGCCGCAGGUUCUAAAGCAUUCAAGAACCUCUGUGAGUUGGAUCAAGAGUUGAAACGAUUUGAAAAGACCUUGUUUGCAACCGGCACGGUCAAACUCGAAAUGUGUAAUCUUUUACCUAUCCACAAAGCCAAAAUCGAUAAAGAAAUUACUUCCUUUCUUUUCAUGGUUAACAUUCACGUUCGAUCCGCUGAGGUUGCUUGGGUGCUUGAGUGGCUCGUUUACAAGUUCCAGGUCCACUUAAACUAUGUGGAUGAAUUCAUGAUGCUUCUGCUUCCGCAUUAUGGAACUGGACUUUUCGCAAAAGGCAUACAACUUCUUGAUUUCCGGUGUACACUUUCGCAUUGGCUGUGGCUGAAGCCAUUUGCCGAUAAGGGUGUACCACUGAGUCGUCAGGAUUUCCUUAAAGCGUGCUGUAGCCAGCCAUCCCUUGUUCCUUUCAUUGGGACAUGCAUAUCUACAUACGCUAUGUCUGCUGCUAGCUUGGCGACUGUUCGAUUCUCUCUCACACUGAAGCUUAAUAGUGAUCUAGUCCUGGAUUGGAUAAACUGUCUUCUUGAGAAUUGUCGCAGAGGUGCCGAAUGGGAAAACAUCCAGGUUGUUAAUGUUCUGAUGCGAAAACAGGACAUCCUUAUUUUGCCUGAUUCGCUUGCAGUAUUGUACGAAAAACUACUCAACUCGCUGUCUUCGUUCGACCGAGCUCUUCUCGAAAAGGAAGAGAACAAAGUCUUAGAUCGAGUUGAUUCAAAUUCAGCCCUGUCUAACAUCCAUGAGCAAUCUGAGCGUGUUGCGCAAGUUACCUUGGUUUUAGAGUCGAAUUCUCCAGAUGAGGACAUUUCUCUAAAUGUUUCAGCAACCGCAGGUUCGGAACAGAAACAGCGUCGCAAGUUGACUGUUAAACGUAUAUUGAAAAUGACCUUUGAGGACUUGUUCAGCGGUACGAUGGGGCUGCGGAGGUCCUUCGAGAGAACCCAUGCAGCAUUAGGAACAAACGGUUUUUGUGUAAUGCAGAAAUUCAAAAAAGACUGCUGUUGCCCUUCACCUGUUGGAGGGACCGAUAAUUCAUGGCUUUCUGACUUCCUCGUUGAGAUAGUGCUCCGUUUUACUAGAACGGAGUCGGUCGAAUACGAGGUGAAUGAGGGAGAUGCAAUUGAGACCCUAAAAUUACACCAAGCCAAAGCUGCCCUUCAAAUGGUAUCAUACUCGCUUGAUAAUAUUCCCUUAACGGGAUCACAUACUGGCAAAUCUACCCAGAUGCGGGUUAGAUCAUCUCAUAGCCUGAAGGUUUCCCAGUUAUUAAGUGCGUUAGACGAAGCCUUCCCUUGCCUUUUGACUGCUUUAAUUCAUCCACUUGGUGAUAUCCGUGUUGAAGCUUGCGGCCUAAUCCAACGCUACAUUGAGAUAUUUGGCUCAGUUUCCCCUCUCUCCGAUUAUUGCUGCGUUAAUGGUUUUUUGUCUGACCUUGAAUCGUCUGGUUGCGCAUUCCCCGAUUCAUUCAAGCAACUACUUCAGGGUGACACACUUUCUGCCCUCGUGCAAACGUCUACGCAUUUUGUGCAAGCAAUCUUCCGAUCGCUUUGCAGCCAACCUCUAAAAGAAAACAACUUGUCCCAAGCGUGUUGGUUUGCAGUUACUCGACUCUUCCACACUGAUCUAAUACCAUCGCUUAUAAACCUUUGCCCUCGAACUCAAACAGAUAUGGGCGGCACUCCCUUGAUUGCGGGCUGGCGUGCACUGCUCCAAAUAAUUCGAUGCCCGCAGCUUAUCAACAAUCAAGCCGCGCGAAAAGUUUUUUUGGACAAGUUAGACUCCUCAACUCUUCAGAUCCUUGCUCUGCUUCCGGCUCCAGUUUCUAAAGGGAGCGAAUCGCUCGGUGUUUCCUUUUUUGAAGGCGAACUUCUUGACUCUAUUCUUGACUUUGCUGGUUUACCUGCAACCCCUACAUCGACUUCCGGAAUCAGUCUUACUGAUUUGCUCUCCAGAUUAUUACUCACAGCGGAACAUUACGCUUACUGCUUGGCCAAAUUAGAUCCAAUUCGUCUCCGUGACUCUUCGCAGUCCCUCCUCAAGAGGGUAACAAGUGCUGGACGGAACGUUCGAAGAUCGGAGCGAUUAGGUGCAGAAAUCGCGUCAUCCUGCGAGCGAUCUCGACUGCGUGCACUUAGUGUAGUCCUCACAGCUCUUGCUGCUGACUCGCGUCGCCUGCAAACAAUUUCCGCAAAGACAAGUAUUCCCCAAUGGUCGGGGAGUGAGCCGGGAACACCCCUUUUAUCGGCUGUUUCUCGAUUAAAGAGUGGUGCCAGACAGAGACGUUCAUCCAUCAAUCAAGGAAAAAAAGGAGCUUCAGAAAGCACUCUCAAAAGGCCAGACAAAGAUACAGAAGUGGAAUGCAAAGACAUCGUUUUCCCGCUUAAUAGUCACUUGCUAGCUUGUAUAUCGGCUGAAACUCGAUUCCAACAUGACGCAAUGGUGCAGAGUCGUCUUGGUGGCCGGAAACGAACCAUUUCUACAAAUUCGUCCAUUUUUUUAUCGGACGACAGUAGUGAGGAUGAAGACGAGGGUGUUCAGGACGUUGAUAUGAAGCCACUUUGUCUUAGCGAUGCUGAGGACGAAACAUGCCAGGAACUUACUGUUUCAGAAACAGCCAGUUUAAGAGAACAGAAUUUAAUGUGUGCAUUCGAGAUAAUUGGUGCCCUGACGCGCGUAUUCGCGGAAGGGAACAUUCUGGCUAAAAGGGAAGGCAGGACCCGUAUCAGUCAACCCUCACCGCUUAUGCCUACGGCAUCCGUUGAUGCUGCUAUGGAUUCUGUUUUCCAAUGUCUCUCAGUUUUCAAGGAAACAGCUUCCAUACAACGACAGGUUAUGAUGUGUCUAAUCGAAAUGGCCUCUCUUUUUCCCGUGGUACUCUGCCGUAACUUAGUUACUUUAGUUCAAUGGGCCGGUGGUGGCUGCGGCCGUGGACAAUCGCUGUUCCUCCAACUAGACAACGUACACAACCUAUCUCUCCUCGGUCGUCUUGUCUCAGUUGCUGUUCCAGCUCUCGUCCAAGCGUCCAAAAAUCGUGCAGACGCUGCUCUUCGUGUACUGACAAUUUUCGUUCGCGGAUUUCCUGACCUUCCACCAAAUUUACCUCGUCGAUCGUUGGCCCUCUAUACUGGACUUUUGAGAGGGCUGUCCCAGGUCGUGACCCCAACGCCAGUUCCAGUCUCACUAGACCCGGAAACCAGCUCCAGUGGGGGGCGGAGGAUUACUAAACUGACAGCUCUCCAGAGCUGGCUGUGGGCGGCGACGGUGAUUUUUCUCGCUACCGAAUGGCCGUCUAAAGAAACAGAGGACCUUAUCCAUCCUCUCUUGGUUGACCUUUUCAACCAGUUCGAUGUAUCAACGCAGAUGGCGUCUUGGAGUCAGUGCUUAGAGUUCUUUCUCCACUUACUUACCAGUCCUGACUCAGUCUCCCAAGUGGACACUCCUGUUCGAAGGUCUAAACGUGUUCAUUCGGACGCAUCAACCCCGACUGCAUCUCCUUUUCAACGAAAGAUAAUGCCGGGUAGCCCAGCCAUUGAUUACAGUCUGCUUAUACAGCACCUCCAUUCAUCGAACUUCACUAGUGUCGAACCGCCCCCCACAUCGAUCGGCAGUAGAAAAAGACCCUACGAAAAUGGCAGUGAGACAGUUUUCUCUCACUUCUGGCCACUGUUUUCCGAGACAGCUAGCCUUCUUUGCAGCCUUCUUGAAAGCUCCGGGCACAGAAGGCGUCGGCAGGAGGCUCUCGACACUGAUGCUGCUUCUCUAGUUCAUGAGGCCUUCGGAAAUAUCGUCAAGCUGGUUGUUCAACUGUUGCUUGCUUGUUCCUCUGCUUUUGAAAAGCACGAAGAUGACGCGGUAUCCCGACAAAAUGCUUCUUCACACCUACAGUCGGUGUUGUUGAAAAUGAAUACCAUAAUGCCCAACCACAUCUUCUUGGAGUCCGUGGCCCAUCUUAUGUCCCGCCAGGAAGUCGGUUUGACUCGGAAGGCCCUUGAGCUACUUCUUGCCAAACUGGACAGUCUUACUGUCAAUUGUACUCCAACAACCAUCCUUCUCACUAGUGGGCAUCAAGCCCUUAAACCUCUUCCGCGUAUGGAGGAAGCUCUUGAACAGGGACUCACAGACCUGCUUUCGCAGCUGUCGUGUAGCCUUACUAACUCUCCACUCCUGUUCAGUGGUGAUAGGUCUCAAGCAAAACUCAUCCAUCUACAGCUGUCAUGUCUACGAAAACUUGCACAGUUGCUAUGUGCUUUACAUCCAGACGAAAUGCUACAUCUUCUGGACGACUUUGUAUCGAGUGGUUCGUCUCGCUGGUGGCCAUCAACCUCUUCAGCUGCUGCCAGCGGUAAGGCGACCCGACUGGCAAACAGCGCGGCAGAGGCUCGCUCCUUGGCUUGUCUUUUUGCCUUCGAGUGCUUGGCUCGACUGCCACCGUCACGCAUCGCGAUUCAUACUGGUGUGCCUGCAGCUUCCCGUGUUAGGGCGCAGCGAGUGCUUCGAUUUGCGCUUGACCACUGCGCCACUGCCUGCCAUCUCGCAGAUCGACCAAUUGGAGCCAGUGAGGAUAUAAUUGUUGGGGAGGUCCAUUCGCGAGAACAGCAUCUGCAGGCCGGGCUUACGCUCCUGCUUGGUUCUUUCGAAUUCUGCACGAGAAGAGCUGAAGGUAAAAAUAUGCACACGGAGUCUCUACUACUGCGGUUAAAGGAAGAGGAAUUUCCGUCGAAGCUACCAACCAACACAUCAUUUAUUUCCAAUUCAACACUGGACGUCUCACUGCUCGCUUUCCUCUUCCGGUCCUCACAUCUCGACCUUGCUGCGGCCACUCACGCUAAGGUCGAUCGAUCGGCCUCCGUAUUAAAGCAGAAUGCUCACUUUAUCCGGCGACUUCGAAGCAAAUUCAUCUCCCUCCCCGAUUCGCUAAACCUCCUGACCUUGUCGUACGACAUCUUGAGAAAUGCAUCACCACAAUUUGAUUCGUGUCUAAUUUCUGGUGGUCUGGAAUUUAUCUCUCUCCAUGCGGACAGUAGCCGAUCAGUGGCAGCAGUCAGCGAUGUGGAUAUCGAUUCCGCCAGUCCUGGUGAAGGUCUUCCCAACUCAGUUGAGACCGCCUACGCUUCCAAUCCUCUCCUUAUUUGGCGCAUACUCAGAAUGACCCUCGAGUUGCGAUCAGCUUCUUCCCCCACACAAGCGGACCUAAACGACCUCUCUAGGUUCGCCUGCCUUGCAGCAUCUUCGUUACUAGCCGUGAUGAGUCGUGACUACCGACUACAGUUGAUUGGUGAAUGCCUCCGGUGGACAGUAGAGGGUAAACCUGGGGUCUCUGAUGUCGUGACCAGACUUGAAGUUCUAUUUAUCGUUCUGGAAAAGUUAUCUGCACGCAUUCCUGCAGAAUGUUUUGUCUCUCUGGUUAAGAACGCGAACCUCAUCGGCCUUUUCAUUUCAUGUCUUUCUCUUCUUGCUGGUGAACGCACAUCCCAAAACAUCCGAAAGCUUGCUGCUUCGCUCGAAAUGCCUCAUCUUGUUGAGUGCUUCUCUAAUGGAACCAUUCCAGUCUCUUGCGCCACAUCCUGUCUACGAGCAGUUUUAUCUGUAACUGCCGCCUGGCUUCGGGCCGAAACCAAACUCUCUGCUUGUCUCGAUACUGCGGGCACCGAUUCCGUUCUUGCUCUUCCUCUUGCCAUUCUUCAGCCCCUCAAUGUUCCUUCUCUUGGCAUCACCGAGGUUGACCUAGUGCCUUGUGUAGCUGCCUUCCUUGCUGCUGUUGGUGGUGACGAAGCUCUUCUUCGACCAUUUGGGUCCACGCUUUGCGGUUUUGUGACACGGGGCAGUCAUUGGCGUUGCCGACUCGCUGCCUUGCGUCUCCUUAAGCAGACUUUUGAUACUUUGAUGGAGAUUGACGGGAAGGAGGGUGUCGUGGGAGGUGGAGAUCUCGGCCUCGCUGCCUGUCUCGUCUCAGACACCCUUGUGGCUUUAUCUGAAGCCCUGGAGGAUGAGCGACCAGAAAUUGAGGCAGCUGCUAAUCGGCUUUUUGCAGAUCUAGAGGCGGCGGGUGUUACAGCACAAUAA